AUAAUAGCAAACAUAUCACACGUGUUGUGUGUUUCGGUUAUUCAACAAAAAAAUAUAUAUAAAUUAUAAACAAAAUUUAUUUGACUUUUCGGUCGCCGAUUGCCGACAAUGUCCAGCAGUCAACCGUUACGGCAACGACCGAAUGUCCUUAUAUCGGGCACUCCGGGCACUGGCAAGACGUUGCUGUGUCAGGCAAUUAGCGCACGACUGGCCGACAUGAAGAUCAUCGAUGUCUCCGAGUUUUGCAAAACUAACGACUGUAUUGACACACACGACGACCAAUUGGACACCGAUGUCAUCGACGACCAGCUACUGGAGGAAAAGAUUUCACCGGUCUUAGAGUCGGGCGGUUAUCUUAUUGACUAUCACUCGCCCGAUCUGUUUCCCACUGAACUCAUCGACGUGGUAUACAUAUUGCGGUGCAAUAAUACCCAACUCUACGAUCGACUUCAGGAGCGACAGUAUAGCGAAGCAAAGAUCACUGGAAAUAUUGAGUGCGAAAUCUUCGAGACUAUUGUCGAGGAAGCGGUCGAUUGGUUUGGCGAAGAUUGUGUCCAUCAGUUGGUCAAUGAGACUGAAGAACAAUUGGCGACCAAUUGUGACACUGUUUGUCAAUGGAUUGAAAAUUAUCGACAAAAGUGAUAUAAUUUUUUAGACUUUUAUUUUAUUUGAGUUAUCAAUCAUAUUGUCAAUUAUGUGGUAAUUAUUGCUUAUUUUU